UCCGCUUUCCACCAACAACCGCUAAACUUGUUGGGGAAUCACCGCAGCUGUUAGCUCACUAACACAGUUUGCGCGGCGGUACAAUGGAGAGGACGAACACGGAAUUUUCUCUUUCAGAAAUGGACCCAACUUUUAUGUCAGUUCUGGCUGCUACAGCGUGCGGCGGGGCUGCACUGGUACUCUUCAUGAGAUACUGCAACAGACAGCGUAUGAAAGUUAAAAUUCGUAAAGCCAGAUCUAGAAGGGAUGCAUCGGUCCAGCAAGCAGAGCAGGCGGUUCAGCAGUUCAGUACCACAAAACCUGAUGCUGAAAAUGCGCGUAUUGUCUCACUGUCUCUGACCGAAUUGACCAAAAGAUUGCAAGAAGGUUCUUUGAGCCCAGAAGAAGCUCUCCAUGCCUAUAUGGAAAAGGCACUGGAGGUAAAUAAGAGACUGAACUGUGCUACAGACAUUCUACUGGAGAGCCGGGAGCAAUUAUCAAACAUAGAGAACUGCAGAGAUGGUCUUCUCUAUGGUGUCCCUAUCAGCAUCAAAGAUAAUGUGGGAUAUAAGGGUCACGACUCCACGUGUGGGGUGCUCUGUAAGGUGGACGAGCCUGCUGAGGAAGACUGUGUGGUAGUGACAGUGCUGAAAAGACAAGGAGCAAUUCCUUUCAUCAAGACCAACAUCCCUCAAGGCCUUCUCAACUAUGACUGCAGUAACCCAUUGUUUGGGCAGAGCUUGAACCCCCAUAACCUUCAGAAGACUCCAGGGGGCUCUUCUGGUGGGGAGGGGGCCCUCAUCGGAGGGGGUGGCUCUAUCCUGGGCAUCGGGACGGACAUCGGAGGAAGUAUCCGCAUUCCGUCCUCGUUCUGUGGGAUAUGCGGUUUCAAGCCAACAUCAAACAGAAUAAGUCUCCGUGGCCUUAGUUCAUGUUGUCGGGGCCAGAAAUCAGUGCUGUCUGCCGUAGGGCCCAUGGCCAGGGAUGUUGACAGUCUGGCCCUGUGCAUGAAGGCUUUGCUGUGUGAGGACAUGUUUGCCUUGGAUCCCACUGUGCCACCCAUGCCCUUUGAUGAUAAGGCGUACUUAAGCACCAAGCGCCUUCGGAUUGGCUACUGUGAGAAUGAUGGCUAUCUCAUGCCCUCGCCCAGUAUGAGCAGGGCCUUCAGGGAGACCCGAGAGCUGCUUGAGAAAGCAGGACACACAUUUGUGCCAUUCACUCCCCCGCGAAUUGCCUAUGCUAUGCACGAGCUGAUUGUGAAAGGCCUCCUGGCAGAUGGAGCCGAGACACUACUCAGUAACUUGAAAGGUGGACCGGUGGACCCAUGUUUGAUGGCCCAGAUCAUUCCAUACCGUUUGCCACACUGGCUGAAGAAAACCCUGUCAGUGAUCCUCAGGCCAAUUUUACCUCGCAUUUCUGCCAGCCUGAGUGCCUUAUGUGGAGUCAGCUCUGUACCAGACCUGUGGAGGCAGCAUGCCAGUGUUGAGGAUUACACCCAUGAAUUCAUCUCUGAAUGGCAGAGGCUGAAGAUGGACGUGCUGCUCUGCCCAAUGCUUGGGCCUGCUUUUAACCUCAACUACUGUGGAAAGCUCACCUGUGCUCUUUCCUACACGGUGCUGUAUAACCUUCUCAAUUUCCCCGCGGGGGUGGUGCCAGUGUCCACGGUAACCACUGAUGAUGAGGCCCAGCUGGACAACUACAAGGGCAACUUUGGGGACCCAUGGGACAAGUUUUUUGUCAAGGCUGUGAAAGGUGCCGUAGGACUUCCAGUUGCGGUGGAGUGUGUGGCUCUUCCCUGGCAAGAGGAACUGUGUCUUCGCUUCAUGAAAGAGGUGGAACAGCUAGUUAAAGAGAGCAGGAAGUGAAGUCAUACCAUUGCAACUGCAGUGCCUUAGAACCAUCACACUGAAUACACUGUUGCUGGGGACACAGUAGACCUAGGCUAAUAUGACUAGGCAUAAUGAGUAGGAAACAGGAAUCCUUUACAUUUCAUCCACUUCUCAUGUCACUUUAAAAUGAUUAACACUAUUCUGUAUUCAUACUAAAAUACUCCAGUGGGCAUAUACUACUUAUACUGCAAAUAAGUACUGUUUUUUUCUCCUGCACCUUUAGAAGUGUUUACAUGGAUUAUCCUCUUUACUGAUACAUCUCACAUCACACAUUGAAUUGCACUGAAGUUAAUUUUAAAUUCAACUGUUUCAACUGUUAUGGGUCUGGGUCUUAAAUGUUUCAAGCUAAUAUAAUGUGAGUUUUUACAUUUAGGCUCAAUUGACAAGUUCAUUUGACAUUUAUGUCAUGUGAAAAAGUAGUUUAAUGCAGCAUUAAAUAAUGAACAGACAGAUCACACAUUGAAGUGUGAUGCUUAAAAAUAACAAUUAAUUAACAAUUCGGAAAGGAAAGUAAUUUUGUUUAUGGGUCCAUGGGAUUACCAUAGUACUUUUCAAGGAAAGAAAGCACUCUGACAGGACGACCUCUGUAAUAAUUUAACAAAUUCAGUGAAUUUAUUUUCAUUAACAAUGAACUAGUAAAUACACAAAUUUGUAAAAGAA